UUGAGAUGCAUCACAAGAAUUACCUGAAGGAGUUCAGUCACUGAAAAAAUAAUAAAUGCUGUAUAUUAUAGUUUGAGAUCAUCUUGAGAGGAGCAGUAAACAUCAGAUGAAGAUCCACAGAAGAGCUUCACUAUGUCACGUUUUCCGUGGUUUUCUCGGGAGAAAGAGCGCUCGAGACUCGAAAAUAAACGGACAGACUUGGACACAUAGACCAGUGAGGAGCCCAAGGAAGAACCGAACCCAACAGGCCUCGGGGGCCAACCCCUACGGUGAAGAUUUUCCUUAUAGGUUUUUCACCAUCCACUAGUCCAUCCUUACCUUACUGGUCCAUAGGUGUCAAAUGACUUAAUACUAGGUCAACAAAACCACUAUACGAUCACCAAAAUUUAAACCACUAUAUGAUCACCAAGAUAUAACCCACUAUACGAUCACCAGUCUAAAAAUAUCUAUGCAUGAAUACUGCUGGUCUGCUGUUUCUUUGUUUUCUUGUGUUUCAGGUCCGUGUAUAUACAUGUCAUCUCAUAUGCAGCUGCUGACGGGAAGGAGGCAGGUGAACAACUUCUCGCCCUCCGGCAAGGUUAAGAGGCUGUGAAAUGACAGAUGAAUGAACCCAUCACACCUGAGAGAACUCAACCUGAAUGAGAACCAAAUAGAAAACUCAGGAGUGAAUCACUUAUGUGACGUACUGAAGGAUUCACACUGUAAACUUGAGAGAUUGAGGUUAAGCAGCAGUGGUUUGACAGAUGAAGGUUUUUCUGCUGUGACAGGUCUGAAAUCAAACUCAUUACACCUGAGAUAACUGAACCUGAGCGGAAAUGAACUCAGAGACUCUGAAGUAAAACAUCUCAGUGAUCUACUGAUGAACACACAAUUCAAGCUGGAGAAACUAAAUGUAAGAUCAAGCUCUCAUGUGUCCAGCUCUGUGUCUGUGAAGAGCGACCGGUCAAAAGAUAAUCCACCAGAAUUCAGUGAGGAGACACCACCAGCUACUGAAAGUGUAAAGUCAUAUUCUCAUGUGUCCAGCUGUGCAUCUGUGAAAAGUGACCGGUCAAAAGAUGAUCCACCGCAAUUGAGUAAAGAAAGUGCAUCAAAUACUCAAAGUCUUCGAUAUGAAACAUUAACUUCAGACAUCCAGAUUAACAGGAAUCACAAAAAAAUCACAGACAACCUCCUAGGAAUCUUUCAGAAUCUUGAGAAGAAAAUAAUCACAUUUCUAAAAAAUGAGCUGGAAAUGUUCAAGAAAAUAUUACAGAAAGAGAACAAGCAACAAUUUGUGGAGGAUUUUAAUGAGAACAGAUGCAGUAACAGAGAAGCAGCUCUUGAUCUCACGCUCUACUUCUUAAGAGAGAUGAAACAAGAUAGAGCUGCUGAUACUCUAGAAGAUGAGCUGAUCUUCAUUCAUCAGCUAAAGUGUAGCCUAAAGAAGAAGUAUCAAUGCGUGUUUGAAGGAAUCACAAAGCAAGGAGACUCUACACUUCUGAAGAACAUCUACACAGAUCUCUAUAUCACUCAGGGUUGUAGUGAACCGGUCAAUACUGAACAUGAGGUCAGACAGAUUGAAAUUGCUUCCAGACAUCAUGAAUCACAAGACAUACAGGUUGAGUGCAAAAAUUUGUUUGAAGCAUCUGAACAAGACGAGCAGAUCAGAACUGUACUGACAAAAGGAGUCGCUGGCAUCGGAAAAUCAGUCUCUGUGCAGAAGUUUGUUCUGGAUUGGGCUGAAGGAAAAGAAAAUCAAGACAUCAGCUUCUUAUUUCCUCUUCCAUUCAGAGAGAUGAACUUAAAGGAGAAAGAAAAACUAAGUUUAAUGGACCUUAUUUCUCAGUUUUUCCCAGAGACGAAAGGACUGAAACUUAUAAGAAGAAAUCAAUUCAAGGUCCUGUUUAUUCUUGAUGGAUUGGAUGAAUGUCGACUUCCUCUAAACUUUAAGGAUAAUGAGAUAUUGUGUGAUGUUUCAUCAGCAGCCUCUCUGGAUGUUCUCCUAACAAACCUCAUCAAGGGAAAUCUGCUUCCUUCUGCUCUCAUCUGGAUCACCACCAGACCAGCAGCUGCCAGUAAGAUUCCUCCUGAAUGUAUCGAGCUGCUGACAGAGAUACGAGGAUUCAAUGAUGCACAAAAGGAGGAGUACUUCAGAAAAAGAUUCACAGAUCAAAAUCAGGCCAAAGAAAUCAUUGAUCAUGUGAAACAAUCAAAGAGUCUCUUUAUCAUGUGCCACAUCCCAGUCUUCUGCUGGAUUUCAGCCACAGUUCUCCAGAACAUUUUAGAAGAGAAAAGAAAAAAUGUGUUGAAAAAUAAUGAGUCUGAAGAUGCCUCCAAAACACUACAGGAGUCAAAUACUGAAGACACUCCUAAGACUCUGACACAAAUGUACACACACUUUCUUAGAUUUCAGAUCCAGCAGAGCAGAAGAAAGUAUGAUGGAGAACACACACCAGAUGUUUCCUGGGAUAAAGACGCCAUUUUUUCACUGGGGAAACUGGCAUUUGAUCAGCUGGAAAGAAACAAUGUGGUCUUCUAUGACACAGAUCUGGAAGCCUGUGGUAUUGACGUCUAUAAGGCAUCAGUGUACUCAGGCAUGUGUACCCAGAUCUUUAAGGAGGAAACAGGGAUCGUUUUCGGUACCAUGUACUGCUUCGUUCACUUGAGCAUUCAAGAGUUUAUUGCAGCUCUUUAUGCUCAUCUGUUUCUGGACCUCAACAAAAAAAGUGUGUUUGAUCAAGACUCUACACAAGAAAACACAAGUGAAAUUGAUUUCCUCAAGACUGCAGUGGACAAGGCUCUAGAGAGUGAUAAUGGACACCGAGAUCUUUUUCUUCGAUUCCUCCUUGGUUUGUCACUCCAGUCCAAUCACAGACUCUUACAGGGUCUGUUGACACAGAAAAAUAAAAAUGACCCGAGCAAAAAAGAAAUAGUUGAGUACAUCAAGCAGAAAUUUGAAGCUAAUCUGUCUCCAGAGAGAUCCAUCAAUCUGUUCUACUGUCUGAAUGAACUGAACGACCAAACUCUGGUGAAAGAGAUUCAGACCCACCUUAACAAAGGGAGACUCUCAUCUGCUGACCUUUCACCUGCCCAGUGGUCUGCUUUGGUCUUUGUGUUGUUGACAUCAGAGGAGGAGCUGGAGGAGUUUGAGCUUCAGAAAUUCAAGAAAUCAGACGAGUGUCUCAUUAGAUUAUCAGCAGUUAUCAAAACCUCCAAAAGAGCCCUGUAA